AUGCCCUCGUUCUCCACCGGCCCCUACGAUCGUCCGGCAAUGCAGGCACCACAUAUGGUGUCCGGCCAGCUCAUGGCGACAGGCCUGACCACUGCCCCACUGCAGCUCCAGCAGCAGCAAGCACAUCAGCAACAGCCCCAGCAGCAGCUCCAGCAUAGCCAGCCGCCGAUGUCGAUGGGCCAUAUGCAGUCCUCUAUGGGAUCGCACCCGCAGCCUCACAUCAAUGCCCUGGGAUCCAACUUCAUGACCGGCGGGCCAGCCUCGCUGCAUCUGAAGCGUGAUCCUGGAUUCGGCCACGAUCCAAUGGAGGAGGCCAUGUAUGACCCGUACAAGCAGGCGUAUGAGCACAGCUCGCACUUUAUGCUGCCUGUCAAUUCGUUCCGGUUCCCGACAUUCACGCCGCCAAAUCCGCCAAGCAUGGGAAGCGGUGCUCAUGCGGGGCCCAGCAACCGCAACCUCGGCGGCAUCGGUGGGCAAGGGGGCUCCCAGCGGACGCCCAGUAAUGGCUCCAGUAACCCGCACAACAUACCCUACGGUGGCCCAGCCAGUGCCAGUAGCAGCAGUAGCGGCAAUAACCGCCCAAUACAGCAACGUUCGGCGCAGGUUGGCGGGCAGUUUGGCACGCUCGACCUUUCCCAGCCGAGCGCCGGUGUUCCGUCGAACUUUGACCCGGCCUCAAUUGCCCAGGAUCUGUCAUCAGCGUAUGUGUCAAUGAUUGCUGGGUUCCCGACACAGCAGCCACAGCAGCAGCUGGUGGCGCCACCGUCGCUGUCAAGCACUCCAAAGUCAGCCAAUGCGCUGGGAAAGAGCGCCAGCCAUACGCCGGCCCCCUCCAGCGCCGACCUGGCCAACAACCCGCGCAGCAGCGCGCAACUGCGUGAGCUGCGCCAAAAGAUCCGUGAAAUCAUUUCCAGCGUCUGGGCAGGCACCGAGUGCGGCAAAUCGGCUGGCAUGGCGGGCGUGGCCAUGGAUAUCGACGACUCUGGGCUUUCCGACGACAACACCAACAAAAACAAGCAAGCAGCCGCAUCGCCGGUCUCCGAUGCGUCCAACCCACUGGCCAGCACCAGCCCAUCCGGUCGACAAGUCGAUGGACGAGCACCUGCUUAA